AUGGGUCGACUCGCCGACGUCGCUACGUCGGCCUACGAGUCCGUGAGGGGCCUGCUGACGGGCAAGGCAUAUAAAUACAACGCCAUCCCUGACGAGGAGGGUGAAAGGGAUGAAGUCGAUGAGUAUCGUGAGAGCCACGCGCCAGACCCAAAACGUCGACUUUGCUUCCUCACAAUCGCCGCCAUGGCUUUUGCUAUUUUCCUCUCAUUAGCCUUGGGCUUCAGUCUCGUCAGCGGCCAGGCACCGCGCAACGGGCUCGAGUCCAUCUCACAGUUCUGGGGCCAGUACUCGCCCUUCUUCCCCGUGCCGUCCGACAUCGACGUCGCCACCCCUCAGGGCUGCGAGGUCACCUUUGCGCAGGUCCUCUCCCGGCACGGCGCCCGGGACCCCACCGCCGGCAAGACGGCCACCUACAAGGCGCUCGUCGACCGCAUCCACGCCAACGUCACAAACUACGGCAAGGGCUUCGAGUUCAUCAAGACGUACCAGUACACUCUCGGCGCCGACGAACUCACCCCCUUUGGCCAGCGCGAGCUCGUCGACUCGGGCGAGGCCUUCUACAAGCGCUACCAGCCGCUCGCGGCCGCCAACGACAUCUUUAUCCGCUCCUCUGGCCAGAACCGCGUCGUCGAGUCCGGGCUGAACUGGACAGAGGGCUUCUUCGGCGCCAAGCUCGCCGACGGCCACAGCGGGCCCGACGGCGGCCUCGUCAGCCUCAUCACCAUCAUCCCCGAGGAGAAGGGCAUCAACAACACCCUGGACCACAGCCUCUGCACCGCCUUUGAGGACGGCGCCUUCUCCAAGGUCGGCGACGAGGCGCAGGUGCCCUGGCGCGAGGCCUUCACGCCGGCGAUCACGGCGCGCCUCAACGAGAACCUGCCCGGCGCGAACCUCACGGCCGAGGAUACCAUCGCCUUUAUGCAGCUGUGCCCCUUCAACACGGUCGUCAACGGCACGCAGUCGCCGUUCUGCGACCUUUUCACGCUAGAGGAGUGGAAGGACCUAGAGUACUACGAGACGCUGGGCAAGUACUACGGCUUCAACGCGGGUAACCCCCUCGGCCCGACCCAGGGCGUCGGCUUCACCAACGAGCUCCUCGCGCGGCUUACGGGGCAAGCCGUUGUGGAUCACACGUCGACCAACACGACGAUGGACGCCGACCCGGCCACGUUCCCGCUCGACAAGAAGCUGUACGCCGAUUUCAGCCACGACAACGACAUGAUGGCGAUUUACGGCACGCUGGGGCUGUACAACGAGACGGCACCGCUGUCCAAGACGAACCGGACUUCGGUGGCGGAUGCCAAGGGGUUCACGGCCAGCUGGACGGUGCCGUUUGCCGCGCGUAUGUACGUGGAGAAGAUGAAGUGCGGUGGUUCGGACGAGGAGAUGGUGCGGAUUCUGGUGAAUGACCGGGUGGUUCCGCUUGUCGGGUGCGGUGCAGACGGGCUUGGGCGGUGCAAGCUCGGUGCGUUUGUGGAUAGCAUGGGGUUCGCCAAGAGCGGAGGGCUUUGGGGCCAGUGUUUUGUGUGA